AUGGCUCUGCAACACGACGAAGCCGAACUUCUCAAAGCCUACCAUCUCGACUCGCUCGAACCCACUCGCUGGCACACCACCGAGCUCGAAAACGACGACAAAGAAACCGCAGCCUCCACCUCUGUCGCCGACGAACCUGACCCCCUCGGUCUCCGUUCUUCCAUGGCAACCUUCCGUGGGCUUCCCAAAGAUGUCAAGACCCAAACCUCGCUCUCAUCUAAAGCUUUCGAUCCGAAAGUGUUCCUCUCCACCAUCCACCCCGAUGCGACCUUCGCUGAUCUCUCGCAUGGUAUUCAGAAUUUGAAAGCAAGCAUAGAUCAGAGGUCGGAGGCGUUGAAGGUAUUGGUUGAGGAUAACUUUGACCGGUUUGUUGCGGUUAAAGCUACCACGGAUGGAGUUUAUAGGGAGAUGAGGGAUACUGAAUCUGGGCCGUUGCGGCCUCAAGCGAAUUAUGGAACGGCGAAUCUAAAUGGGAUUCUGGCAAACGCAUCAGCAAAGGCAGAUCAAGUGUUUAUGCCGGUACUCGAGAAUAAUCUCAAAACCAUCAAACUAAGGUCGACGCUAGGAGUGUUUGAGAGAUCGAAAUUCUUCUUCAACCUCCCUGGCUCCCUCUCCGAAUCUGUGGAAUUAGGGAGGUACGAAAUGGCACUACGAGAUUACAAAAAGGGCAAAUACCUACUCGAUAGCCGACCAGGUCAACUUCUCGCAGUAGGGAACAAAUCCGAACCCGCAGGUGGAGCACGUAACGACGUUCAACAGAAACGCGUAUUCGCUAAAGUAUGGGAUGCGGUGGAAGCGACGAUGAAGGAUAUGCAGUCUCGUCUCACCGCGCAACUGCGGGAACCGAAACGAAGUGUGGAGGAACAGGAGAAAACGAUAGAGAUCUUGCUGGAGUUGGAUCCGACUGAUGAUCCGGUAUCGAUUUAUUUAGAGGCUCAACAUCAGCAUUUAAGGAGUGUGAUGCAGAAGACGUUAGAUGGUGGAGUGGCGAGGAUCGAGGUUAGUCAAAUUGGGCAGAGACAGAAAGGCGGAGUGGGGGAGAAGGAUAGAGCGAGGGAUUUGCAGAAGAGUAUGCGACUGACAGAAGCGAUGGAUGCGAACUUUGACAAGUGUGUUGGUGCGAAAACUUGGAAGGCGAUUUACGAUCUGGUGAAAUCGUUGUCAGAGACGAUCACAGGUUCGUUGCCGAAUUUCUGGAGGGUGGCCAAGAAUCAUGCCGAGGGAAAGUUCGUCAAUAGCAAGACAAGGCUUGGUGCAAGUGCAGGGCAAAACGUGGGACCGGGAAUGUCAGCGCAAAACAAAGCAUGGGCAGUGGAAGCGCUAGAUGCGUACAUCAGUCUCAUCUCCCAUCUGUUCUCUCUCACCGACGUUUCCAUCCUUACCCGUCAACCACUACCCAUGCAACAACCGGAUUGGGUUCCCACCAACACAAGCUCCCCAACCGCGGCUCACUAUCUACGCGAAACGCUUACCCAACUCGUGGAAGCUUGCAACGAUUUGGCAACGCUAGGUAUUGCUUCAGCCAGCUCGUUGCGAGGAUUAUUGGCCAAUGCGAGAUUCAGCUUUGUUCAGGUGCUAUGUAUAGUUUGGCAGGAGGAUGCAAAGUUGUUCCACAUGUUGGAGGAUUGGACGUUGAAUCCAGAGGAGCAGGCUACGACGUUGCAUUUGAGGGAGAUUGUGGUUCUUCAUAAGUCUAAUGCCCGGCAAGCAUUUCAUCUUGCAGGUGGAAGAUCGGCAUCGACACCAGUAUCAGCGUUGGAAGUUAGUCGGAAGCAUCGAACUGCAGAACAGCCUGUUCCUCCAGAGUUCACGCAAAGGAUCAAGGGGGCCUUCCUCGAUGCGUUGUACGCUUUCCUAGACGGGUUGGUGCAUUUGGCGUUUUCAGACUACAGUCCUUUAGAACCUCGAACAGCGCUUAGUGUCCAAACCGUCCCUGGGCAUCCGGGUACUUCAGUCGAUGUACGAGAUCUGGAUACAAGGGUGUUACUCAGUGUAACCAACCUCUCCCAUCUCUCUCGAGUCAUCAUCCCAAGCCUAGUCAAGCAGUUCAGCGACGCAUAUUUGGUUAAGAUGGAAGAAGAUCUUUCCACACUCAACGAAGUUUCCUCCCAAUUGGACAACACCUUGUUUUCGGACUACAUCAAACGUAAAUCCUCUACCCUCUCCGCUAUCAUUUCGCACGGUAUUCUCUCAUCCCAAAUCGAUUGGGCCGGAAUUCCAAAGCCUAGCUCAGUACAUCCGUUUAUAUACGAAUCUCUCCUAUCCCUCGUUCAGGUUCAUGCGCAUGUUCGGUCCAUUGCAAAACCGCUCGUUGCCAGAACUAUCACCACUUUGGUUGACGACUUAGCUGCGACAACACUCGAUAGCUUCCAAAAGGUGGGGAGAUUCGGAAUGGGUGGAAUGCUGCAAGCUACAUUGGAGAUUGAGUUUUUGCAUCAGACUCUGAGCGCGUUUAUUAGUAGUAAGGCAGAAGGGUUAUUGAAGCAGGUAUACGAGACGAUCAGUCAGAAGUAUAGAAGGGUUGAUGCAGGGGAAAAGGAACAGUUGAAUGCGGAGUUGGAGAGGGUGAAGCAGAUUUUGGUGCAAAGUAGGAAGGCGACGGCGUUGGAGUUUUUGUGUUUUAGAAAGCCGAGGAAGGAGAAAGAUGGCAAGGAGGGGGAGAAGGAUGGGUCGUAG